UUUCAGACGUGGAGUGAUUCCAAUGCUUUCACAAGCCAUAUUACUAUGGCUUUUUGGAAGCAUUCACAUUAGCAGUCAAUUUUUUCUUGAGUCACCGUCAAACCUCUCCACAAUUGCCGGCGAAAGUAUAACUUUUCGGUGUUCAGCUGAGAAAAGCCCUGAGCCUAUAGUCUACAGUCAGUGGAAAUCGAAUACCGGCUCAUUACUGGGUUAUCAUCAAGAAGGCAUCUUGCCAGGUCAUCAAGGAAGAUUCAGUUACAUUAAACAAAAUGCGGAAGAACUUCACCUCAAAAUCACUCACGUCAAUCUUGAUGAUGAUGGAGAGUAUGAGUGUCAGAUGUUACACCCGGAAGAGGGGCCGAUCCGCGCGAAAUCGUUUUUAAACAUUAUUGUCCCACCUCAACUCGUCUACUUCUCCAACUACCAACCCAACUCUAUCAUCGCCGUGAAGGAGAACACCCCGUUGAAUAUCACAUGUGUCGUGCCGAAUGUGAAGCCAGAGCCUGAAGUUUUAUGGUACAUGGACGGCAAAGUGAUGAGCAGAGAUGUCAAACAAGCGUCUACGCCGCAUCUCAAUAAAACGUUCACAGUUUACACUAGUCUCGUUGUUCAAUCAGAUAGAAACGAUCAUGGGAAGGUGAUCACUUGUGAGGCAUUUCAGAAGGAGACGGACAUUAGAAUUACAACAAAUACAACAUUAGAUGUGCUUUUUCCACCAUCUGACCCAACUGUAGAAAUCCUGAGAAAUCCGAGUGCAUUGAGAUCCGGAGAUAACGUGACGAUUGCAUGCUCAGUGACUGGCGGUAAUCCGCCGCCAGAUGUUUUCUGGUACCAUGAGAACAAAAGGUUGCAAUCGCACUCCACUCUCGACACGCGAAGCAAGGAGAUCAAAAAUAUAUACUCAUUCAUCGCGAGUCAAAACGAUAACAUGGCCGAAUACGAGUGUCGUGCCAAUAACAGCCGGACGGGGAACCCAAAAAGAAAAGCAAUGAAGUUGGAAGUGAAUUACCCGCCAGCAAGUGUUGAACUAUUUGGGGAAAGUAACAUUCGAUACGGGAGUAGUGCAAAUAUUCAGUGCAAAUCUCUACCAUCUAAUCCUGCUUCUCAAAUCACAUGGAUUAUUAAUGGGCGCUCUGUACCAACACCAACCCAACGAGAAUUUGUUGUGGAAAACGGAAUUGUGUCCAGCUCAAACGUUUCCGUGCACUCGAAUGAACUAUCUGUCGAAGCCCACCAAAUCAACGUGGAGUGCAUGGCGACGAAUCCCGAAGGAUCUUCAGCUAAGCAGCAUGUUAUUAAAAUUAUCGCUCCACCAAAAGCCCCAAUCAUCACUGGACUGGAGGACAGAAAGUUUUUUGAAGGCGACAUUGUGAACGUAACUUGUGAAGCUCAAGGUGGAAAUCCGUUGGCUGAACUUUCAUGGUAUCGUGGGAGUGAGAAGCACCUGGUGAAAGGGAGAAAAAAGAUGAAGUGGUCACAGGUUAACGGCGCACACAAUGAAGUUGCUGGUUUUUCAUCAUACUCUACUUUGGCUCUUCGAGUUGACCGAACAAUGAACACCCAACGACUCAAAUGUGAAGCAACUAAUGCAGCACUAGAUGAACCUUUGAUAGAGUCUCAGUAUUUAUCAGUAUAUUAUCCACCGCGUCGUGUUUUGAUCAGGCCUGCCGACAGUGGGGAUCAGAGACUUUUGGUUGGAAAAUCUGCGAGAUUAGUUUGCGGAACAUUGUCCUCUAACCCUGCAGCUCAUAUUUCGUGGCAGUUUUCUCGAGCAACUGAUGACAACAAAGUGCAUCUUGGAGAUGUUAGCCUGAAUGAAACCACGAGAGACAAUGGUUUCAACGUGGAAAAUGUGCUUUCUUUCACCCCAACUGAAGAAUAUGACGGCACAGUUGUCCACUGCAUUGCUAAUCAUCCAGAAUGGAAGCACUCCGUAAACACUUCAUUCCCACUCAACGUCAUGUAUCCUCCAAAAAUGCUUGUCAAUGAUCCAGUCACCGUUGUAAUGUCCGAAGGAGAUUCUUUUAAAGAAAAUCUAACAGUCCGUGGUAACCCUGCAAUUUCAUUGUGGCAAUGGAGGAAAAAUGGAGUUCCAUUCGAUCACACAAUUGGAAGAGUUUUUGCGAGAGGAGCCGUUCUUUCGGGAAAGCAACUUUUAAGCACAGAUGCUGGAGUGUAUACUUUAACGGCAACCAAUAGUGUUGGCAGUACCAAUAUAACGAUCAAAUUGGCAGUGGAGUACAGUGCAAGGAUAACAAGCAUUUCUACUCCGGUCAUCGCCGCAACUGGAGAUACUGUUUUACUUGAAUGUGAGGCUGAUGGAGAACCUAGCAAAGCGAAUAUGAUCCACUGGUACAAAAAUGGAGAGAUUCUGGCUGCUCAACAUAGGGGGCACAAGAAAGCGAUUCUAAGAUUGAACGCUACCGAGCAGCAAUCUGGAGAGUACACUUGUAAAGCGGACAACGGAAUUGGAGUUCCUGCGGAAGGGCAAACAUUUUUACUAGUGAACUCUGCGCCAAGAGUGUUGCCUGUAGCUAGAUAUGCAAAAACUGCUGGAAUUCUCGGAGGAGUUGCAAAGGCCAGAUGUAAAGUGUAUGCAGUGCCAACUGUCGAGUUUGUUUGGGAGAAGGAUGAGCAGUUGAUAAAGAAGAAUAGCUCAAAGUAUUCAAUUGUGAAUACUCAAAUUGAUUAUUCAACAUACGAGAGCACUCUUUGGAUCAAAAACAUUGUACCCGACGACUACACCAAGAAAGUAAAGUGUAUUGCUCGGAAUAGUUUUGGAACGGAUCACUUAUCGAUUCCAAUCAUUCCACCAACUCACCCAGAUGAACCUUUCAACCUAACAAUGACAAAUUCCACUUUGAAUACUAUCUCCGUUGCAUGGGAACCUAGAUUUGAUGGUGGCUCUGAUCAAAUCUUUGAAGUCAAGUAUAGAAGACAAAAUGACGAUUUGAUCCAUCUAGUGAACACAACGCAUACGAACCUUAGACUCUCCGGUUUGGCGACAGCAAACACAUAUUUCUUCCAAAUCAGAUCUAUUAAUGCCAGAGGAUUUGCAUCUAGUUGGACGUCUCCAGUGAUUUUUGCAACGUUGAAUGAAGAUGGGGUAAACGUGGCAAUGAUCCGGAACGAGAAGUUGAAACUGACCACUUGGAUUCCAUACAUUUUGAUUUUCAUCGUUCUUUUCAUGCUGUUGAAUGUUGUUAUUUGCUGUUUCGUAUGCAACAGGACGAAAAAGAGGAAGUUAAGAGAGAAAACCGAAAUGGCACGAACAGCAAUUAACGGCGGUGACGUGCGGCAAGUUCAAAUGUACGGAACAAUGAUGGGAAAUGAUGGAAUGUCACGGCGCGAUAUUGAUGACCGCCCGGAAAUGAGCGAGGAUGAACAUUCCGUGCGAACGAUGAUUGAAGUCUCACCCAAUGGUUACAUGCAACCAAUUGAGCCCAUGCUUUAUGAAAGCACUGGCCUACUGGAAUACGAUUAUCAAACGCGGAGCUACAUGGGCAGUUCACAAGGUACAAGGAGUAUGACGUAUGCAAAUGUUCCAUAUCCGGAACCACCUCAGCCGAGCUACCACUCAAACUGGAAUUCCCUGCAGCGGCAGUCAAACAAUAACACAAGUCCGCAACAUCAUCUUUCAACGUUCAUAAAUCCGAACAUGGGAGUUCGAGCGGGGCCGAUCAAUUACGCACAACUUGACGGCGAUCUUGUUUAGCCCCCCUCAUUAUUAUGCCUUUUGCUUCCGGAGUGACUUUUGCUCCGCGUGCUCAUUUAUCCAAAUUUGUCCCUAUCCAAUUUUCAUCCAAUUGUGCGGGUCUUUCAAAUCAAGUCAAUUCAAUUCAAAUAUGGAGAAACGAAUCGCAGCCAAAAAUGAGAAUACAUUCCGAUGAUUUUUUUUGUGUAUUGCCUAAUUUAAUGAUUAAUCAAAAUAGGAUUGAUUUUUUUAAUGUUGUUUUUUCUUCCUUUUUUUACAAACCUCAUUAUUUAAUGAAUGUUUU